UGAGUGGUUGGCCUGAGGCAGAGAAGAGGUGCUUGCUGUCCCUCCUGUGUCCUAGAAUGCAGUUUGUUUUCUAAAUCCCUACUGGUCGCCCCUGUGGCUCUGGGCGGAUCUCUAGGCCCUUUUUUCACGUGAGCCUUGUCUGCAAUUUGGAAGUCAACAGUUGCCUGUGUUGUUUUUCUAUUUCUCCCCACCCGUUUUCCUCGCUCCCAGUUUGGUGGUAAAAUGGAAGAAGGGAGAGGUGGACUUGAAGAGAUAGGCGAGGAGGAUGUAUUCUAUUCUAUUCCAGAAUGUUCAAGUCUUGUGGAAGAGCAAACCAAAAGCAACCUAAAGGUGACCUCCCCGGAGGAUUCUGAGCACCUGAGCAGGAGGCAGGGCCCCCCGAAUGGGACCCCCACCCGGGCCCAGGACCCCAAAAGUAACAGCAGCCGCAACGUCCCCCGCAGGCACACGUUAGGGGGGGCACGCAGCUCCCGAGAGAUCCUGGCCAUGCAGCCCUCGGACAUGGACAAGAAGAGGGAGGCCUUCCUGGAGCACCUGAAGCAGAAGUACCCUCACCACGCCUCGGCCAUCAUGGGCCACCAGGAGAGGCUCCGGGAACAGAGCAGAAGCCCUAAACACGGCCUUAGCAGCUCCAGUGUAGGGGACCAGGCUGAGCACCUCUCCCUGGCCUCCCUGGAGUCUCUGGACACCAUGUCAGAGGCUGAUGCCCCCACCACCUUCACCAGAGGCAGCCGCUCCCGCGCCAGCCUGCCCGUAGUGCGCUCCACCAACCAGACCAGGGACCGCUCACUAGGUAGGGGACCACAACAUGGCCACACUGUGUUUUGA